AUGUCAAACUCAAGCCAAAAGGUUGGUAUUUGGUUUGUAUUGUAGCUAUAUAUUUACCGUAAGGAUUUAAGAUUUGACGGCAUAUCACUAUAUUGGAUGAAGCCUGCAAAUUUGAUGCUGUAUUGAUGAUGAGUAUGAUGAUUGUAUCGAGUCGGGCCUCUGCUUGCUUCGCAAAACUUUUCGGCCCAAAUUUGAACAGCUCGUUGUGUCGAAAUGCGAAAUUUUGCAACUUUCGAGGGCAUGAUCUUAAAAUCAACUAGAUAAUUACUAGAUCAUUCAUAAUUACUGACGCCAACGACAUUAUUGGAUAUAUUGCAGCCAGCUUCGGCCUUCGGCCUCAGCUGGCUGCGGCCGAAGCUGGCUGCAAUAUAUCCAAUAAUUUAUGCCGUUGGCCUCAGUAAUUAUCGACGGUACAACUGAAGUUGUAAUCAGGUUGCAUGCGACAGUUUUAGGCAAAUGUUGUGUGGUGCCAGAAAUCGGUUUCAGGCACCAACUGAGAUAACGAAAUUUAAUCAGCCAUGUGCAGUGAACCUUGCGAAAUUUAUUCACCUCGGGGCUAGUAUACUGGAAAACGCGGCCGCGGACACGCGGACACUUGCGGAAAAUACGGACAGUUGUGGAAAAGACGGGCAGUUGUAAGACUGCACGAUUGUAUGUAGUAGAGUAUUUUUAUACUACAGGGUGUAUAAAAGAAACCCGCAAACACUAUAAUUUGCAUAAUUCUGCUGCUUAAGUUAAUAGCAUUUCGAUGUCUGUGCUACUUAUUUUGCCCCUGGGAUUUGUAAAUACAUUAGAUAGAUAUAAACUUUAUUUAUACACGCUGACCCCGUCAACCGAAGCUGAUUUCCACGGGGGCGUGUGCAAAAAUAGAAAAAUGUUAAAUGGAGGUAGAAUAUUAGGUAGAAUAUUAAAUUAUUUACAUGAUAAGAAGGUUAUUAGAAUAUUUAACAGUUAUUCUACGAACUCGAGUCGAAUAACUGUUUUAUUAUAUACACAAGGUCUGAAUUCACAGACUUUGCUUUUCGGAUAUUUUCAAUAUUUUUCUAUUUUGUUUAUGUUUUUAUCUUCGCUCUUUCGGCCAAUUAUUGUUUCAAAAAUAUAUAUUUUUAACCAUUUUUAAUUUUAAAAAUUCAUUUGCUAACCUGUAAACAGUUUGAGAGAGUUUUUUCAUUGUGUUUUUAAUCUUGUAAAGGCUAUUAAAACCUAACAACUUGCCGUGUUCUCGUUCGCAAAUCAAUUUACUUAUUACUCUAUGUCAAUUUUGUGAGCAGCGAUUUUAUUUCUAAAGGAUGGAAGAGUUUCACUUUCCCUAAUUUCAUUUGGAAUAGAAUUCCAAAGGUGUGCUCCGUCAUACAUGGAACUACUUUUCAUAUUCAAGGUUUUUUCUGUGUUGGUGUAAUGUACUCAGGUGAAUAUGAUGCUUGUGAUGUUACUCUGAGUGUAUAUCCACACCGGGCAGGCUUGAAGAAUAUGCCUGACCACGGUGGGAAUCAAACCUACGACCUUUGGAAUACUAGCCCAACGCUCUGCCAACUGAGCUACGCGGUCUGGUCGGUUCGAGUAUGUGAUAUUUCGGAACAGAAUCUAGUUCCUUCGAUAUCAAUGUUAUCUAAUAAUAAUCAAGGUUUUUUCUGUGUUGGUGUAAUGUACUCAGGUGAAUAUGAUGCUUGUGAUGUUACUCUGAGUGUAUAUCCACACCGGGCAGGCUGACCACGCCUUUGGAAUACUAGCAUACAUGUACUCGCACCGAUCCGACCAGACCGCGUAGCUCAGUUGGCAGAGCAUUGGGCUAGUAUUCCAAAGGUCGUAGGUUCGAUUCCCACCGUGGUCAGGCAUAUUUUUCAAGCUUGCCCGGUGUGGAUAUGCACUCAGAGUAGCAUCACAAGAAUUAUUUUUCAUGUUGCUAGUACGCGGUUUUGGUAAACUAAGGGCGCUUGAAAUGUCCUGAAGGUUGUAGUUCGUUUUCUCACAUUUGUAUGAAAAAAGAUUAGUGAGUGAUUUAGGACAAUCUUUAUGAAAUUAGGACAAUUUCACAACUACACUGUUUUCAACUUAGGACCACCUUAAACAGAAAGGAUUUGAAGUUUUUUUCUCGUGAACUAUCACAGACAAGCAGAACAUCUUUCUUCAACACAUGCGCGAAAAAUAUCUUGGAUAGUUUUGAUCAAUAAAUAUGCAAAUAAGCAUUACAGGUAAACUACGUGAAGCGUUCCUCUUUUGAGUUCGUAACUCAUUUAGAAUUUUCCUCAUUAGCUUUGCAAAUUUGAAAAACUCUUUGCAAAUCCCUUGAGGGAAUUUGCAAUGUUCCUAUCGGCUGUUGCAAUAUCCCAAACUUCAUUUUAAAUUUCCCUAACUUCCUGUUUUAAUUUCCUAACUUCCUGUUCUGUUCUGUUCUGAGCGUUGUUAUUGGUCGAUUAUUUUUGUUAGCCAAUUGCAACGCGCAGAACAGAACAGGAAGUUAGGAACUUGUAACAGGAAGUUAAGAACUUGUAACAGGAACUGAGGAAAAUUUUUUUGGCUUUUAGCAACAUUGCAAAUUCCCUCAAGGAAUUUGCAAGGGAGUUUUUUAAACUGCAAAAGUAAUGAGGAAAAUUGCAAUCAAUUUAGAAACUCAAAAGAGGAACGCUUCACGUAGUUUACCUGUAACACGAAAAUGAAAAGAAUUCUUUAUUUUGAUCAAUAUACAUGGAAAUAAGCAUUAACACAAAAACGAUGCCCCAGGUCAUGACCUUGGAACCUUGUUUUCGUGUUAAAGCUUAUUUCCACAAUUAUUGGUCAAAAUAAAGAAUUCUUUUUCAUGCAUGUGUUGAAGAAGGAUGUUAUGCUUCUCUGUGUAUAGCCGAUGGGAAAAAAACUCGAAAUCCUUCCCAUUUAAGGUGAUCCUAAGUUGAAAACAGACUAAAACAGUGUAGUUGUGACGUGCUUAUCGAAAGAGUGUUUUGACCGCGUUGAUAGAAAUUACAAUAACACAAAGUUAUUUGUAUAAAUGCAGAAAACUAAUUAUCAGUUCGACUGCGAAUGGCUCAACUAUUGUGUUUGUGUAUUUCAAAGGGUUUGCAGGUUUUUUGAUACACCUUGUUUAUUAUAUAUUUAUCAUUUAUUAUAGACCUGGGGCCUGUUGUAUGGUAAAGAAGUGAUUAAAUUUAACUAUGAUUAAGUGAAUUUAGUUAACCAUCAGAAUUUUUGAAAGUUGAGUUAAUCACUGUUUAAUCUCAAAAUGUGAUUAAAAGUUUUAUACAGCCAGCCCCUGGGGCGAGGGGGGCGCGACAAAAUAUUACCCGAAGUGAUGAUAUUAAACCCCGAGGGAAAUAUCAUCACCGAGGGUAAUAUUUGACUGAAUCCCCCUAGCGGACGGUCUAUAAAUGAUAUAUUAUACCGAAAAUUAAAAGCCUCUAAGUUGAGAAUAUAAAAUUUGCCACAUACCUUUGUGAAUACGAUGUUUUAGUUUUGGAUUAACGCAAAUAUCGUCGCUUUUCUUUCGAAUGACAUGUCGUUUUGAAUAUUGACGAUAAAAAUUUUAAAAUAUUUUUUAAAAGGUUUUUUCGAGUCUAAAAACUUAAUAAUCCAUCACUACUUCGUAUAUUUUGUGGGCCGUCUUGUUUGCGUGAUCGCCGCGCGUGGUUUACGCGAAGAUCUCACAACUUGUCAACAAGAUGUGUUCGCACUGCUUGCCACCAGUUGUUGACAAGUCUGGAACAAGUUGUGAUCAUCUUGUAACAAGGUUGACGAGGCCAACAGACUCGCAACAAGUUGUUCCAACAAGUCUGAUAUCGUCUGCACGUCACAAGUUGUUUAGCCCGUAUUAGUCUUGUUGGAACAAUUUGUAGCAAGUUUGUUACCGUCAUCAACCUUGUAACAAGAUGAUAACAACUUGUUCCAGACUUGUCACAACAACUGGGAACAAGCAGUGCGAACACAUCCUGAUAUCGGCUUCACAACAACCUUGCUACAACUUGUUUUCAAAUAACAACUUGCGCGUUUUUACGAAGAUUUUCUGAAGAUUUUCAUUCAGUAGAUAUUCUUCAAUUUUAAGACGGUCUUAGAACGUCUGAAUGCAGGGGAAAUCGUGAUCGGUGAUGGCGGUUAUAUCACUGAAAUGGAACGACGUGGUUAUGCCACAGCUGGUUUAUGGACACCCGAGGUUAAUGUCGAGCAUCCUCAUGCUGGUAUGUUUAUCUGUAAUUACCAUUAUCACCAUCAUUACUACCGUCACGAUAUCAUCGUCAGCACUAGUCCAUCACCAUCACAAUCAAUCACCACCAUCAUCAUCAUCAUCAUCAUCAUCAUCAUGAUCAUCAUCACCAUCAUCAUUACCAUCAUCAUCAUUACCAUCAUCAUUAUCAUCAUCACCAUCAUCACCAUCAUCAUCAUCAUCAUCAUCAUUAUCACCAUCAUCAUCAUCACCAUCAUCAUCAUCAUCAUCAUUACUAUCAUCAUCAUCAUCAUCAUCAUCACUAUCAUCAUCACCAUCAUCAUCGCCAUCAUGAUCACUAUUAUCAUCAUCACCAUCAUUAUCACCAUCAUCAUCACCAUCAUGAUCACUAUUAUCAUCAUUAUUAUCACCAUCAUUAUCACCAUCAUCAUCACUAUCAUCAUCAUCAUUAUCAUCAUCAUUAUCAUUAUCACUAUCAUCAUCACCAUCAUCAUCACUAUCAUCAUCAUCACUAUCAUCAUGGUUAUCAUCAUCACCAUCAUCAUGGUCAUCAUGAUGGUCAUCAUCAUUAUCAUCACCACUAACAUGCAUUUUUACUCUAAUGUUUAAGUGGAAGGUUUACAUCAUGAGUUUGCCAGGGCAGGAUCUGACAUCCUCCAAGCAUUUACAUUCAACGCAAAUGAUCAUUUGGAUCGGGUACGUUGUCUGGAAAUAAUUUCACCUCAUUUCCAUCUGAGAAGAGGGUUUCUGACAGAGCUAUUCAGUAUAAAUAAAGUUAGUUUAGUUUAGGUUUCCUCCUGUAGUAACACUGGAUCAAUAAGAGAUGAUCCUUAGUGGGCCUCUAGGAGAACAUUUUAGACUGAUAGAGCUAUCCAGUAUAAAUAAAGUUAGUUUAGUUUAGGUUUCCUCCUGUAGUAACACUGGAUCAAUAAGAGAUGAUCCUUACUGGACCUCUAGAAAGAACAGUUUAGAACUGAUAGAGCUAUCCAGUAUAAAUAAAGUUAAAGUUUAGUUUAGGUUUCUUCCUGUAGUAACACUGGAUCAAUAAGAGAUGAUCCUUACUGGACCUCUAGCAAGAACAGUUUAGAACUGAUAGAACUAUCCAGUAUAAAUAAAGUUAAAGUUUAGUUUAGGUUUCUUCCUGUAGUAACACUAGCCUUUACUGAGGGUUACUGUUCAUAACUUCAUAGGCACAAACAGGAGACCGAAAUGAAGUCAACGAAUCCGCAUGUAGAAUCGUGAAGAAAGUUUCUGCAGAGUACAACUGUCUCUGGGCUGGAGGAUUGUCCGCUACCAACAUCUACGGACAUGGAGGUUCGAAGAAGGACGUGCAAGAAUAUUUUAAAGAACAAGCCAAAAUCUUUGUGAGACAUGACUGCGAUUUUUUCAUUGUUGAGGUGGGUAGAUGCUCAUAUACAGGGUGUCCCGAGGAAAAUGCAAUUAUAGCUGUGUUAGACUGACAAAGCUAUCUAGAACAAAGAAUGUUAGUAAGACUUCUGCUACUGUAGUAACAUCAAAUUUUUGUCCCGUCUUAGUAUUUUCAUAUCUGCGAAGAAGCAGAAUGGGCGGUUGAGGUCUUGAAAGAAACUGGAAAGCCUGUGUUGGCCAGUCUCUGUAUCACAUCUCAGGGCGAUUUUAAAGGAGUCCCUACUGAUGAAUGUGCUGUACGAUUAGUCAAAGCUGGUAAGAUGAGUGCUUUACAUCCUUUUAAAGGACAAUUGCAACAAGUAUUUUUAUUGUCUCAUUUGAAAGAACUUUUAAAAUUAUCUAUAAAAUCUUGUCACUUUUGAAAUAUUUUGACUGAAAGCUUUCCGCCAUCUUGGAUUAAUUAUUAACCUUAUAAAAUUACUUCUAAGUUACUUAGUAAAAAUGUUUUUAUUCAAUUCGAAAUAUGAAAUAACAACCUUAAAGCGAGUUUCGGGUUCAUAUUGAUCACUAGUUGUCAAGACAAAAAACUCGCUCAAUAAUCCAAGAUGACGAUAUAUAUAUAUAUAUAUAUAUAUAUACAAAUAAAGUUUUUAAAGAGAAAUAACUUGCAUUAAAUAGAGGAAGGACUAACUUAGAUUUUGAUAUAUUACAGUUGUAUUUAACUUAAAAAUUCACGGAGAUAUUAAUGUUAAAAAUGGGGAGCAUAUUUUGGAAUGUGUCUAAAAUUAGCGAAAAUCGGCAUAUCAAAUAUUAACUCCAGCGUUUGUUUGCUUAAUGACAUAUUAGGCUAACUUGUAUUUCAGCGAAUUAUCGUUAAGGUUUGUAAGGGAUAUGGCGUAGAUUUAGACAUCUUACGUGUAAGUCUUAGCUCAUUGUUUCCUGAAAUAUGAACAUUCGAAAUUAUGCAAGUAUUUAAUAUUAGGUCUUUGCAAACUUAAAUGUACAUGAAAGACUGACCAUGGAAGGCAGGCGCUUAAAUUUUUCGUAUUCUUAAAUAGCCUAAUUUUUUUAUGUUUUUAAUGGGUUCAAACAGACUGAGUUGAUUAUUUUUCGGUUAAAGCAGGAUGAAUAUUCUUUAUUGAAGGAAAUAAUAUUGCUUUUUGCAAAUACACAUCACCGUAUCAACGCUACUAUUUUGUUACGUUUUGUUCCAAAAAUGUUGCAUGUCUCUGGGGAGUUGCUUAAUUGUUAUGUCUUAUGGAGUUGUAUGGUUUGAUUGUGUUUCAUAUAAUUCUCAGUUUACUCCAUGAACUUGCCAAGAUUAAGAAACGGCAAAAGAGUUUGGGUGUUCUUAACAAGAUUUCAGAACGUUGCAGAAGUUAGAAGAGCUUCACAAUUCCAUUGUGACAGCAUGCCCUAAUUCUGAACUACGAACGAUCCAUGACGAUCCUUCGCGAUGCAGUGGUCUCAUGAAAUAAGGAAACGUAUAUAUUCGUGCUAGGAACACAUGCGGAUUUCGGACGAAUAAAUCUUGUUUGUAUUUUGUAGAUAAUAAUACUUUGUUUCAUAAUAAACAAUUUGUCAAGUGUCAUUUAUAUUUACUGGUAAUAGUGCAUGUUUCAGUCGGGCAAAUCUUGAUUAAUAUUUGAUACGCCGUGUUUUGCAUAUUUCAGACACAUCCAGAAAUAUGCUCCCGAUUUGAAACAUUAAUAUCUCCGUGAAUUUGUAAGUGAAAUACAACUGUAAUAUAUCAAAAUCUAAGUUAGUCCUUCCUCUAUUUGAUGCAAGUUAUUUCUCUUUAAAAGUUUUACCUGUUUAGAAGUUAUUAGGAAUCAAACCGGAGUACUUUUUUUUGGGACACCCGGUAUAUCUUUAAAUAAAUUUCUAGAGUGCUGUUGCACAAUCUGGCGUAGUGCUGAUAGAGAAUCUGAGUUACAUCGGUAAUGUUAAAUUUGCGGAUUUAUUCUCUCGCGCGGGUGUCCCUAUCUCUUCCCGCUUUCUAUAUAUAGAUAUAGAUAGAAUACUUUAUUUGAAAAGCAUAAGCUUGGUUUCUUUUGUAGUGACUCAGUGUUAUGUGUUAUGUGAGGGUACUAAUCAGUAAUCAUACUAUGGUUCCUCACAAAAUAAUCCGCACUAUAUAGUAAACCUGAACAAAUCAUUUAGGCACUUGAACACCAAAAUGCAUUUAUGCAUACUUCCGCGAGUAGCUAAAUCUACCCUAAACCUAAAUUAAUAACUAAAAUCUGUCUCAGUAGUCAAGAAUGUCUUGUCUGCAAACCAUCUCGAUACACGAUUGCUAUUACCAUAGCAGACAACGUGAUGGCGGCAAGGGUAAAAUAUACCCCAACACAUGUAUCAAUGGACAGCAGUCAGCACACUUUCGAAAAAUUUGUCAAAAUGACACGAAAAAUAACUCGACCGCGUGUUUUGUGGCUUAGGCCAUCAUUUCAAUGGUAGCAAAUCCAAUGAUAGCUUUCAAAGUCCCGAUUAUAUAUAUAUAUAUAUAUAUAUAUAUAUAUAUAUAUAUAUAUAUAUAUAUAUAUAUAUAUAUAUAUAUAUACAAGUUGGGUUUGUCCACUUUGCUAGAGUGCUCAACACAGAGAUUGUGGAGCGAAUUAUAUUUCGGAAUGUGAAAUUCAACUAAUUUAAAAACAUUAAAAAAUUAAAAACUAAGUUCAUUUACUCGAGUUUCACGCCUAUAUUGGCGAUCAUCAGACUACCUGUCCGUAUUAAGACGUUCUUAUUUAUACCUAUUUUAAACUAUUUAAAAUUAGCAUAUAUCUUUACAUAAUUACAAUCAAAACCUAUUAUUUACGUUACAUUACUAGCAUAAAAUUUGUUUUCGUGCCGGCAUUUUGAUACUAAUUCUGAUCGUUUGUUUAGAAGAGUUCCCUUGUGAGCGUUUAGAAUUGCCAUUUUUUCUGCCAGGCACAGUUUACAAACUCUUGUUCCACUUGCGUACGGUUUAGCCUGCUUCAAAAUUGACCAUUUAAUUUCGUAAUCCCUUUUCGUUUUCUUCAGGUCCCAAAUUAAUUUUGAUAGCGCUGUUUUGUUUGCAUAGUCUUUGAUCUUAAAUGAUAGCGUAUAGUUGUAAAACCUCGUUUUGAAUUCCGAUUCCGCCAUGCCGACGUAAAUCUUAGGGUCGUCGUCUUUUCCUGGUUCAAAUACUUUCGCUUGGUAUAUUGUAGCUGUUGUUAAACAUUGGUUAUCUAAUGGGCAGUUAUUCUUGUUUCUACAAUUGCAUCCGGCGCUGCUUGCUUUCUCGUUGUUCAAAACUUUUUUGUUAUGUCCUUUAAUUAUGCUAGCCAUAUUAUUCAUGCAACUAUAGCUUAUUUUUAUUGUAUUUCGGUUAAAGAUUUUUCUUAAUGUGUUGCCAUGUGGGAAAUGUUUGUCAACAAGUUCCAAAACUGCUCUGCCGACAUUUGUUAGUACAUUUGCUGAGUAUGGUGGAUUAAACCAAAUAAUGUUCCGCGCUCUAUUUUUGCGUGGAUUUUGCAGUGUUGGUCUGGGCAAGUAUUUUAAUUGAUCAUCAAAACCGCUCUCUUUAAGGGCUUUGUUGUAAAUCGGGGCUGCUUUAUGGAACUCCUCGGCAUUGCAUGACAGAUCGGAAAUUCGUUGACUAAUUGAUGUAGGUGCUUGUUUAAUGAUUGGUGGUGGGUGAUUUGAUUGUACGUUGAUGUAGAGUGGGGUAUUGUCUGGUUUCCUAUAGGGCUUGUGAGAGCCAUUGUUUAAAUCAAAAGUGACAUCAAGGUAAUUUACUAUUUUCUGGUUUGUCUGUAUGGUAAUGCCAUAGAAUAAAGAUUCAUAUAGAAGGGCCACUUACGUCGGAAGCUUUGAAGUUUCUGUCCUCGCGCAUGUCGCAUUACGCAUGUUGGCCGCCAUUUUCCUAGCCAGUCAAUGACAUUUUCUGGCCAAUAAACACACUGUACUGGCUGGCUGCUCCGCCUCCUGGCCAGUAAACUGCAUAUUUUUGCAUAAAAAAACGAGGACAUGUUGCACCGCUGAGUGGCCCUUCUGUUACUGAUCUUUAUUCUGUGGUAAUGCUUAAACCAAGGUCCUUUAGGCACUUUGCAAAUCGUUUUCCGAUGCCGUUCGAGGUUCGGGCUCCCACGUUCUUGAAAGCCGCCAGUCCAUCGUCUCUGUACAGUCCUAUGUUGUCAUUCAUGAACAAACCAACAAGCUCGCAUAUCUCCGCACCAUCGUAGCUGCCCAUUGCAACAUCAAACAUAUUUGCACUGUUCCGUUUGCACCAUGGCUUGCCUUCGUUGAAUAGUAAAGAUUUUCGGCUAUGCAUAAUUAUAUUGAUCUGUUGUUGUGAGAUUUCGAUAAAUUGGCUGGCGUAAUUUAAAGCUUGCGAUAAAAGGUUUUCUGAGAUUGAAGGGUAAAAGUCUACAACAUCAAAUACAAUGAACGAAAAUGUUGAUUUGUUUUCUAAUGCGUUGAACCAUGCAAUGACAUCUGCUGUGCUCCGCCAUUGGUUUAGCUUGGUAUUGGCUCGCACCAUUCUGUUGAUGUUUUCUAGGAUCUGUUUGCUUACACGCCCAAGGUUGUUUUUGGCUGGAUUGAUGAGUCUACAUUUUGGUUUGUUACAGAAGUUCUCUUUGUGGUCUUUCAUUGAUAUGAAUGCGUUCGUGUUCGUCAUCGUUUCGAUUUUGUUUGCUAUGUCAAGUUCCGCUGUAAUAUCUCUCAAUUCGCGAUUAAUAUCAGCGAUUGCUUCUUCACCUGCUGCUUUAUAUGAACUUGUGAUGUUUUCUUUUAAUAAUUUACAGUAUUUGUCCUUAUCCAAUUCGCUCCACAAUCUCUGUGUUGAGCACUCUAGCAAAGUGGACAAACCCAACUUGUAUAUAUAUAUAUAUAUAUAUAUAUAUAUAUAUAUAUAUAUAUAUAUAUAUAUAUAUAUAUAUAUAUAUAUAUAUAUAUAUAUAUAAUCAUCAUCACCAUCAUUAGUACCACCAUCAUCAUAUCAUCACCAUCACAUGAUGAUGGUUACAUCACCACAAAUAACCAUCAUCAUCAGCAUAACCAUCGUCAGCAUAACCACCAUUAUCACCACCAUCAUCAUCACCACCAUCAUCAUCACCACCAUCAUCAUCACCACCAUCAUCAUCAUCACCAUCAUCAUCACCACCAUCAUCUUUACCACCAUCAUCACCACCAUUGACCAUCUCAUCACCACCACCAUCAUCACCAUCACGAUCAUCAUCACCACAAACCAUCAUCAUCACCAUUGCCACAAACCAUCAUUAUCAUCAUCAUCAUGCAUCACCAUCAUCAUCACCAUCAUCACCACCAUCAUCAUCACCAUAACAACCACUGUGACUCCCUCUAUUUUAGGUGCAGAUGUGAUUGGGGUAAACUGCAAGUUCGACCCACAAGAAUCAUUAAAAGCUGUCGCUAAGAUGAAAGAAGGUUUAGAGAAAGCAGGACUCAAAGCUCAUCUGAUGUUUCAACCGCUGGGAUUCCACUGUCCUGACGCUGACAAUAAAAAUGGUUAUAUUACACUUCCUGAAUUUCCAUUUGGUAAGAUCAGAUCGAUGUUCAAAGCAAGCGCUGUUCAUUGCUAAGAUCCUAGGCUCUCUAUACAUUCGGCCCGGACUCAGGACAUUCAUGUGAAAAGAAUCAGUCAACGUUCUGCCGAAAAUCAUGGGUUUUGUCCGAUUUCCUCCCGCAGAAAAUGCUGACAAACUGGGUUGGGAUCCGCCCCUAACUGACCUUUCUACCGCAGUUGUGCUUCGUAAUCAGACCACCUUAUUAAUCUAACCCAGUUCCUUUAUUAAACAUAGCCCUUGAACCGCGACAGUUGACAAGAUGGGAUGUCCAUAAACUGACAAGGAGUGCUUACGAUUUGGGAGUGCGAUAUUUUGGUGGGUGUUGCGGCUUCAAAGCGUAUCAUAUUCGAGCAAUCUCUGAAGAGGUGGGCAGUGCAUUAAAAUAUUACCACUAAUUAAUAUCGUCAUCAUCACCAGCACCACAAUAAUCACCAUCACUAAUUAUACGACCAUCAUCAUCAUCACUACCACCACCAUUACCAUCAUUAUCACUAAGGACCAUCACACCAUCAUCACUAUCAUCAUCAUCACCACCAUCAUAUCCAUAAUCAUCAUCACGAUCGAUCAUCACCGUCAUGAUCAUCACACCAUCAUCAACAACGUCACUAUCAUCGUCAUCAUCAUCAUCAUCAACAACAUCACUAUCAUCAUCAUCAUCAUUAUCAUCAUAUCCCAUUAUCAUCAUCAUAAUUAUCAUCAUCAUCACAAUCAUCAUCACUAUCAUCAUUACAUCAUCAUCAUCAACAUCACUACCAUCAUCACCACCAUCAUCAUCAACAACAUCACUAUCAUCAUCACCAUUAUCAUCACCAUCAUCAUUUUGAUUAUCCUUAUCACUAUCAUCAUUAUCAUCAUCAUCAUCACCAACAUCAUUAUCAUCACCAUCAUCAUCACGAUCAUUUCCACCAUCAUCGUCUCCACCAUUAUCAUCAUCAUAACCAUUAUCAUUGCUAUGACCAGUACAAUCACCCCAUUAGUUUUACCCAAUAUUUCUUUUAUUCCUUGUAGCUUGAAAAAGAACGAGGUACAAAAGCGGCAAGCAGUAAGAAACACCUACCUUUUCAAUCCUUAUACUCUUCAACAUCUGGUCAGAUGUAAGUUAAGCUUCAACACAGUUUUAUAUGAUCAAACUUUCCAACUUUUCCAAAACACGUUUUUACUGGAUAGCAUCGUUGUUUCAUUAAAGAAAUGGCUUUUGACUAUUCUCCAAGCAUUCAGACUUCAUAGCAGCUCAAAAGCAAAUUUGAAAAUUUUGGAAAUUUUCCAAUAUUUUCAAAACAUCUUUUUAACUGGUUGAAAUUUCUUCUUUUCAUGAAAGAAAAGGCUUUUGACCAUUACCUAAACAUUUGAAGCAGUUUGAAAGGCUGUUAUGAUGUGGUCCCCUUCCCCUUUGUAUUUGACCAAAUUUUCAAAACAUGUUUUUUAUCAUCGGAAAGUCGUUUUUUUUUCAUUAUGGUUUUCGACAAUUUUUGGAGUACGUUGAGGCAUUUUUGUAAUUUUUGAGAAAAUUCCUGUGGGAGACCCUUUUGUUGACCCUAGGAUUGUUGCAUUUGACCAACAAUUUCUGGCGAGUCUCUUUUUGUUUGAUAUUGAUUGCUUCGUGAAAAAAGUUGGACUUGCCACAAGUCGACCUCGCGCAAACGACCUCGUCGCUCGCGCUCGCUGCUCGCGUUUCGUUCGAGGUUGACUUGUAGCAAGUCUAGAAAGAAGUAUGCCCGGGACCUAUAAUGCCAUGGCCCCUUUCUUUCCAUUUGUAAAUCCAGUGGUCGACAAGUUACUUGUCAUUAAAAUUCUCAAAAUUCAAAUUUCAGAGAGCGAAAUAAAGAAUUUUGGUUGAAUUUGAAGCCAGCAUCUGGGCGUUAAUUUUGUCCUGCGUCCCGUGCCAUAUUUAUUCCGCGUAAGUAGAACGGAUGGCAAAACUGAAUUUAAAGAACUUCAUUUUGAGCUGUCUUGCUUUUUAGAAGACGUUUUGUUUGGAAAUGUGAAAACUAAUCAAGUCGCUGAGUGUUUUAAUUAAAUACAAUAAAAUAUAAAAAGAAAGUGUAAACAUUUUGAAAAGUGUUUUUUAUUCUGACUUGACUUUUUUAUUAAUUUAGUGAUCGAAAAGUACAUGUUUCUAAGCGUAUUUUAUAAACGUACAUAUAAAGGCUCCCUUAAUUACACCUUUUUACUUUUAUUGCGUCCAUAUUAUGUAGAAUGAAGUUAGUCGAUUCUCUAUUUCUUAUUUAACUAUAUAUAGUGCCUAUCUGCAGCUAUUUGCUGAUACUUUUCAUUUUUCUUGCGAUAGACCAUGGAAAACUCCUCGCUGACGUGAAUUAAAUUCCCCCGCUGUCUUUGAUCCAAUCUUUAUAAGUAAUAACAUGAGUUGAGAGAAAUUUGCGAUUAAAUUGCCCGCCCCCGAGGGAAGAUUUUUGAAAGACAUUCACAAAUCCUCCCGAGGCGAAGAAGAAGGGUAAUUUAAGUAAGUCAUGUUAUCAGUGAGCAAUAUUAUGAUAGCCAAGGAAAACUCAGAGUAGUUUACAUGUAAGCUGCGAUAAGUUUAGGUGUUUGUUUUUCUAUGGUUCAGCAAAGUUGUUUACGAGUUUUACUAUUGAUUGAAGUAAUUAUACCUUUUGGACAUGCUUUGCGUUUGUGAGGGUUCCUAUUCAAAACUGUUCAUCCUAGAGGUCCAGUAAGGAUCACCUCUUAUUGAUCCAGUGUUACUACAGGAGGAAACCUAAACUAAACUAACUUGAUUUAUAUUGAAUAGUUCUAUCAGUUCAAAACUGUUCUUCCUAAAGGUCCAGUGAGGAUCAUAUUUUAUUGAUCCAGUGUAACUACAGAAGGAAACCUAAACUAACUUUAUUUGUACUAGAUAGCUUUAUCUGUUUUAAACUGUUUUCCCUAGAGGUGCAGUAAGGAUCAUCUCUUAUUUAUCUAGUUUUACUAUACGGGAGGAAACCUGACCUUAACUUUAUUUGUAUUGGAUAGCUCUAUCAGUUCUAAACUGUUCUUCCUAGAGAUGCAGUAAGGAUCAUCUCUUAUUGAUCCAGUGUUACUACAGGAGGAACCUAAACUAAACUAAUUUAUUUAUCAAUUGGAUUCAAUGGAUUUCGCUAUCAGGUCUGAACUGUUCUCCCCAAGUGGUCUAGUUUUGCCCGGUAAAAUAUGUAACAAUGUGAUUCCAUAUUGAGUUAUUGCGAAACAGAAUAACCGGACAUAUUAUAUUACAUUAUGAUCAUAUUAUAUUACAUGAAUAUUACUUGCAACCCAUAGCCACUAGGCUUUGAAUCUUUUACAUCGCGAAGCUAAACAUCGUUGCUGGCAUGUCAAAUUCAAACAAAAAGGUAUGCAUUGGUUUGUAUUGUACCGACAUACGUUUAUUGUAAGCAUUUUAGGUUUGAUAGUUUAUCACAUUUAGGCCGUGUUUGCAUUGCCCAGCAUUUCUUGUAAUUGCGAAAGCUACCCGCAGCGAGCCUAUUGUGGUUAUUUUAAAUUAAAAUAUAGUUAGACUACAUAACUUUCGCCUAAAUCUAUCGCAUACAACCUGCUUACAACUUGACUUGUACUGUAUUAACCGACAACUUGGGCGAGUUGUGUGCUUGAUUUGCAGUGAGUUUGCAUGCAACAAUUUUGGGCGAAAGUUGUGCAGUGUAAAUUGGCAUUAUCAAGCGCGAACAGACAAUGAAAUUUGAUCAGCCAUGUGCAGUGAACCUUGCGAAAUUUAUUCACCUAAUCGGUAUGCUGGAAGACGCGGACACGCGGACACUUGCGGAAAAUACAGAUAGUUAUGGAAAAGACGGGCUGUUAUUUGGAGAGUUUUUUCCCAGUUGUUGACAAGUCUGGAACUCGCAACAAGUUGUUGCAACGAGUCUGAUAUCGUUCGCACGUAACAAGUUGUUAGUUAACACGUUAUGACAACAAGCUCGUGGCAACUUGUUACGAACAGCAUGUAUUAGUCUUGUUGGAACAACUUGUAGCAAGUCUGUUACCCUCAUCAACCUUGCAACAAGGUGAUAACAACUUGUUCCAGACUUAUCACAACAACUGGGAACAAGCAGUGCGAUCUUAAUAUCGGCUUCACAACAAGCUUGUUACAACUUGUUUGCAGUUCUGUAACAACUUGCGCGUCUGCAAAAAAAUUGUCACAAAUCUCAACAAGUUGUGUUCGUACUGCUUGUUCCCAGUUGUAACACAUAUAUCAUGACUGCAUCGGGCUUAUAAUGCUUUUUUCUGUGGUCGGAACAACCUUGCAACAAGUCUGAUAAUAUCAACAAAGUUUUACAAUUUUUUUUUUUUUUCUGUGUUGGUGUUGUGUACUCAGGUGAAUAAUAUGCUUGCGAUGUUACUCUGAGUGCAUAUCCACACCGGGCGAGCUUGAAAAAUAUGCCCGGCCACGGUGGGAUUCGAACCUAAAAUCAGAGUAACAUCGCAAACAUAUUAUUCACCUGAGUACACAACACCAACACAGAAAAAAAAAAAAUUCAUAUUACUAGAACACAUUGGUAUUGAAGGAACUAGAUACUGUUCCGAAAUAUCACUUACACGAACCGUCCUGACCGCGUAGCUCAGUUGGAAGAGCAUUGGGCUAGUAUUCCAAAAAGGUCCUAGGUUCGAAUCCCACCGUGGCCGGGCAUAUUUUUCAAGCUCGCCCGGUGUGGAUAUGCACUCAGAGUAGCAUCGCAAACAUAAAGUUUUAAUUACAAGUUGUUACAGCUUGUUCCAAACUUGUUGACAACUUGGGGCAAGCAGUGCGAACACAACUUGUUGACAGACUUGCUACAAGAUGUGAGAGUUUUACGUGUGUACCAAAGUUCAAAAAUAGAAAGCCAUGAUCAGAAUUUUAGUUAGCGAUUCUCAUUCAGUAUAUCGUCAAUUUUAAGACGAUCUUAGAACGUUUGGAUGCAGGGGAAAUCUUGAUCGGUGAUGGCGGUUAUAUUACUGAAAUGGAACGACGUGGUUAUGCUACAGGUGGUGAAUGGACCCCAGAGGUUAAUGUCGAGCAUCCUCAUGCUGGUAAGUUUAUCUGUAAAUACUAUUAUUACCACCAUCAUCAUCAUUACUGCCAUCACAGGUUAUGCAGAUAUUUCACAGCACACUCCCAGGGACGAAACUAGCCCCUUUUAAUUCGGGGGGGGGGGCUGCUAGAAUUGUCCUGCGAAAGCCGUUGAUGCCCUGCAGAAAAAAAAUUUUCGUCGACCUCCCCCCCCUCUUGUCGCCAAAAUAUUCCGGUCAGUAUACCAUUUUCGGGGUCAAAAUUUUUUUUCGGACAUUCAAAAAAGAGGCAAAAAAAAUUUUUCCCGGGACAAAAACCAGUUAAAUUAAAGGUAAAAAAAUUUUUUCGGACAAAUUCCUGUUAACACAUGCAUGAAACCAUUAUUUUUUUAACAAUAUCUGAAAUUUAAAAUCUUUCAUUGCCCUGCCAAUCCAGAUGAUUUGCCCUGCCAAUCCAGCUUGGGGGGGGGGGGGGUCACCCCCCCCACACCCCCUUAAGUUUUGUUCCUGCACACUCCCUAUCAGGGCUUUUAAGUGACUGGUUACAUUAUGAUAUAUAGAUAGAACCGGACUGACGUGAAGCAGACCGCGAGGUAGGUGCGCUAACCACUUGGCCACCGAAGCUCCACAUCAGUCCAUCACCAUUAUCAUCACCCAAGUCAAUCAUACCAUCAUCAUUGUCAUCAUCAUCACUAUCAUCAUCACUACCAUCAUGGCAUCAUUAUCAGCCCGUCACAUUAUCACCAUUAUUAUCAUCAUGAUCAUCAUAAUAUCAUCGUACUGUCACCUUGACCAUCAUCAUCAUUAUCAUCAUCAUUAUCUCGUCAUGACUACUACCAUCACUACCACCAUCAUCAUCACCAUCAAUCCCAUCACUAUCACAUUGUAAUCAUCAUCGUCGCCACCACUAUAACAAAGAUUUCACUCUUACGUUUAAGUGGAAGGUUUACAUCAAGAGUUUGCCAGGGCAGGAUCUGACGUCCUCCAAGCAUUUACCCACCACGGUCUAUGGGUAAUUAUCAGGAUUUAGGCGUCUCACUCGAUAGAACCAAGUGUAGCAGGGUUUUGUUGAUGCAGAUUUCGAGUAUAAAUUUUAUUUAUUAAACUACAGUAUAAGCUCUCUGGCAGGAAUCGAAUCUGUGACCAUGCGAUUUCCUCUGACUCACUGACUCAACAAGACAUGAUUCUUUAUGGACCUCUAUGGAGAACAGUUUAGUACUGAUAGAACUAUCCAGUAUAAAUAAAGUUAGUUUAGUUUACGUUUUCUCUUGUAUUAACACUGGAUCAAUAAGAGAUAAUUCUUUCUAGACCUUUAGUGAGAACAGUUUAGAACUGAUAGAGCUAUCCAGUAUAAAUAAAGUUACUGUAGUUUAGUUUAGUUUUGGUUUCCUUCUGUAGUAAUACUGGAUCAGUAAGAUCGAGAUGAUUCUUUCUGCAUCACUAGGGAGAACAGUUUAGAACUGAUAGAGCUAUCAAGUAUAAAUAAAGUUAGUUUAGUUUAGGUUUCCUCCUGCAGUAACACUGGAUCAAUAAGAGAUUAUUCUUUCUGCAUCACUAGGAAGAACAGUUUAGAAGUGAUAGAACUAUAUAAAUUUAUUUGGUUCAGAUUAUGUUUUUUCCUGUAGUACCACUAGCCUUUACUGAGGGUUUCUGUUUAUUUAGUCACGAACGGAAGGCCGAGCUGAAGUCAACGAAUCAGCGUGUCGAAUCGUGAAAAAAGUUGCCGCACAGUACAACUGUCUCUGGGCCGGAGGAUUGUGUCCCACAAGCAUUUAUGGACAAGGUGGCUCUAAGAAAGACGUCCAAGAAUAUUUUAAAGGACAAGCCGAAAUCUUUGUGAGACAUGACUCUGAUUUUAUAAUUGUUGAGGUGGGUAAAUUCUGAUAUACAGGGUGUCUCAAAAAAUGCAAUAAGUAUGUUCCAGAUUUUUGCGCAGCUAUGUAUUGUGGGUAUCGAAGAUUUAAUCUAAGAGAUAAAUUUUGUAAUAGAGAAAGAGACUAGCACUGGAUCAAUAAGAGAUAGCUCUUACUUGAUUUCUAGGGAGAACAGUUUAGAAUUGAUAGAGCUAUCCAGUAUGAAUAAAGUUAGUUUAGUUUAGGUUUCCUCCUGUAGUAACACUGGAUCAAUAAGAGAUGAUCCUUACUGGAUCUCCAGGAAGAACAGUUUAGGACUGAUAGAGCUAUCCAGUAUAAAUAAAGUUGGUUUUGGAAAAACUCUGCAUACUUACAACCAGGGGCGCGACUUGGCUGUAGUUUUGGCGGAGGCUGGGGGGGGGGGGAGGAGGGGGUUACAGCGUUUUAGCGAAUUUUUGUUCGUUCUUAGUAUUUUUACAGCUGCGAAGAAGCAGAGUGGGCGGUUGAGGUGUUAAAAGAAACAGGAAAACCUGUGAUGGCCAGUCUCUGUAUCUCAACACAGGGUGAUUUGAAAGGAGUCCCUACUGAUGAAUGCGCUGUACGCCUAGUGAAAGCUGGUAAGAUGAGUAGUGCUUUACAGCAUUUAACCACCGUUUGUCAUCGUAUCAUGACCUGCAACCCAAUACCGUUAUCGUCAUCAAUACCAAUCAAUCAAUAGGUCUUUAUUAAUUGCAUAGAAUAAAGGAUACAUAUUCUAUGUGGCAAAAUAUUGUAAAGAUAUAUUUUUUUAUAUUUACACCAAUUAAACGGAGAAUAUAUUCCGAAUGUGAAAAUUUAAAGAGGGCCGGGGCGCUCAAAUGAGUAGGUACGGUAGUCCAAUUAUAUUUGUCAAUUGCAUAUACAAUUGAACUAUGUUUAAAACAUUAUGAUAUAUCAUCACCAUAAUCAUCACCAGUAUCACCACCAUCAUUAUCUCAACCAUCAUCAUCAUCAUCACCAUCAUCAUCAUCAGCAUCAUCACCAUCAUCAUCAUCAUCAUCAUCACCAUCAUCAUCACCAUCAUCACCAUCAUCAUCACCAUCAUCAUCAUCAUUAUCAGCAUUAUCAUCACCAUCAUCAUCAUGACCACGAUUAUCAUCAUCAUCACCAUCAUCAUCAUCAUCAUCAUCAUCAUCAUCACCAUCAUCAUCAUGGCCACCAUCAUCAUCAUCAUCAGCAUUAUCAUCACCAUCAUUAUUAUCACCAUCAUUAUCAUCACCAUCAUCGCCACAAAUCAUCGCCAUGACAACCACUGUGGCUCCUUCCAUUUCAGGUGCAGAUGUGAUUGGAGUAAACUGCAAGUUCGACCCACCAGAAUCAUUAAAAGCUGUCGCUAAGAUGAAAGAAGGUUUAGAGAAAGCAGGACUGAAAGCUCAUCUGAUGUUCCAACCGUUGGGAUUCCACUGUCCUGAUGCUGAUGAUAAAGAGGGUUAUAUCACACUUCCUGAAUAUCCAUUCGGUAAGAUCGGGUGCAGUGCUGUGAGUAACUUCGUUACAACUAACUAUUUACAUAUAAUCGUUACAUUUUGGGCACUGGUGUCCUUGGCAAGUGUGCAACGUGCGAAAGGCUGUUCUGUGGCCAACUUUUGAAUUUAUCUAUAGAGUUAAUCAUAAAACCACAAGCAUUAAAAAAGACUUCUUGUUAUAAAUGUAAUGGUACUAAAAGGGAGGCUGGUUGCGCAGGGGUUGCGAGUUCUUCGGGAUUUUCAAAAAAAUAGUUUUUUAAAAAAGAUUUAAAAAAAAACAACAAAAAAGUUUUAAUAUUUUCAAAAAACUUAAAAAAAAUUAGGGUUAGUGGUUAGGUUUGAGGUUAGUGUUAGGUGCCGCGAAUUUAUUUAUUUUAUGACAAACCCAAAAUGUACCGCGGAUCUGUCAUGGUGUUGAGUUCGGGCGUGUUUGGGAAUUUGCUCAUGUGAUGAAUUGGGGUGGUGCUCAUGCUGCCAUUUCAAAGGGCAUGUAGUAAAACACUGACUACCGGAAUACCGGAACACCACCGGAACACCGGAACACCACCAUUUUGUUUGGGGUUAGGGUUAGGAUUAGGGUUUGGGGUUAGGAUUAGGGUUAGGGUUGGGGGUUAGGAUUGGGGUUAGGGUUAGGUGGUGUUCCGGUGUUCCGGUCGUGUUCCGGUGUUCUGGUGGUGUUCCGGUGGUGUUCCGGUGUUCCGGUAGUCAGUAUUUUACUACAUGCCAUUUCAAAGUAUUGUUGCUAUCACUAAAUUCUUAAGCAUCAUUAAUCUUAGUUGUUUUUCGAGUUGAUGGCAUAUGUUUAUUUAUGACUGUAGUUAUGUAUAUUUUAUUCUAUAUGUAUUGCAUGUUUGUUGUUGUGUCUUUAAUCGGAGGAGUGCCUUGCAUGGGACCUCGAGUCCCGUUCGCACUCCUACCGUUUGGUCACUAUCCAAUAAAGUAUUUAAAACAAAAAACAAAACAAAACUUAUAAAUUCCAUUAAAGUCACAUAUUAUUAGCACUGAUGAAGAUCCGGGCUUACGGAUCGAAAGCUUUGCAGUAAUAAAUUUACGUGGUGUUUCCACAAACAAAAACAAUUAUAAAUUCCAGUUGAACAAUAACAUGUAGUUGAGAUUGGAAGAAUUACAAUAUACAAAUCAAUCAAUCAAACUGUCAAUAAAUCAUAAUACAGUCACAACGGAAUUGUCAAUAAAUCAUUUUUGUACUAGUUUUUGCAAAGCAAAAUAAAGGGGAAAUAUACAUUUUCUAAAACUAAGCAUUGGAAAUCCUUACAAUCCAAAUCUGCCUUGAAUCUUAACACUUCUCUCUAAUCUAACCCAAUAUUUUUAUUAAACAUAGCCCUUGAACCGCGACAGUUGACAAGGUGGGAUGUCCAUGAACUAACAAGGAGUGCCUACGAUUUGGGAGUGCGAUAUUUUGGUGGCUGUUGCGGCUUCAAAGCGUAUCACAUUCGAGCAAUCUCUGAAGAGGUGGGCGGUGCAUUAAUAAUACCAUCAUCAUGAGGAUUUACCAUUAAGGAUUUACCACCAAGAUGAUGAGGUUUACCAUUAUCAUCAUCACCACCAUUCUCACACAAUAUUACAUUAUUACAUUAUCAUUUAGCUCCCUUUCCAUCGGGGCUUUUCAGUUACCGAUUAAAUCAAUGAUGUUCGCAGGGUAUUGGGCUGGUAUUCCCAAGGUCGUAGCUUCAAUUCCCACCGUGGCCAGGCAUAUUUUUCAAGCCUGCCCGGUGUGGAUACACACUCAGAGUAACAUCACAAACAUCAUAUUCACCUGAGUACACAACACCAACACAAAAAAAAAUGAUGUUUGUGAUGUUACUCUGAGUCUAUAUCCACACCGGGCAAGCAUGAAAAGUAUAUGUCGAUCUGGCCACGGUGGGAAUCGAGCGUACGACCUUACUAGCCCAAUGCUCUGCCGACUGAGCUACGCGGUCAGGUCGGUUCGAGUAUGUGAUAUUUCGGAACUGAGUCUAGUUCUUUCGAUAUCAAUAACACGAACGCAAAAAAAAUUACGAUUACAUCCAAUAUUACGCUUAUACUUAUGUUACUUACUUAGCUUAGACUAUUUUAUCUUUACAACAAUUGUGAUGUUACUUUCCUAACUGUGUUGAUCCUAACCCACCCAGUCAACUUUCCCUGUGGGAGGAAACCAGAGCGUCUGGAGAAAACCCACGACUUUUGGCAGAGCGUUGACUGACUCUUUUCACAUGAGUCCGUAGCGAGAAUUGAGCCCACGAACUCAGAGGUGAAAGGCGCUUUCUCUGACGACUGCGUGACCAAAACCCCGACCACCAUAUCCACCACUACCACUAGAUCCAUCACUAUUAUCAUUAUCAAAAUCAUCAUAACACAAUCAUCAGCAGCACAAUCAUCAUAACUAUUAUCAUCAUCAUCACUCUCAUAAUCACCGAGAUAUCAUUCCUACCAUUGACAUCGUCAUUACCAUUAUCAUCAUCACGAUCAUCUCCACCAUUAUCAUCAUCAUCAUUACUUACAAUUAUCAUAACGAUCAUCAUCACGAUUAUCCCGCCAUUAUCAUCAUCAUUACAAUUAUCAUAACCAUCAUCAUCACGAUCAUCUCCACCAUUAUCAUGGUCGUUAUCAUCGUCACCAUGAUCAUUGCUAUCACCAGCACAAUCACAUCAUUGAUUUUACACCAGAUUUUUUUAUUUCUUGAAGCUUGAAAAAGAACGAGGUACAAAAGCAGCAAGCAGCGCGAAACACAAACCUUUUAAAACAAUGCCCUCUUCAACAUUUGGUCAAGUGUAAGUUCAGCGGUUUAGUUAUGUGACCAAAAUUUCCCUGUUGUCCCCUUUUGCAUUUGACCAACAUUAUUCGAAACCUUUUUUAUUAUUAGUCAAAAGUAAUUGACGAAAGUAAUGUAAUGGUUUUCGACAGUUUUCAGAAAGUUUGGAGUACGUCGAAGCAUUUUUUAAUUUUAAAAAAUGCCAUAGCUCUUUCUUUCCAUUUGUAAAUCCUUGUCCAAACAUACUUUUCAUUAAAAUCUCAAAAUUCAAAUUUCAUGCAGGGAGCGAAAUGAAGAAUAUUGGUUGAACUUGAAGCCAGCGUCUGGGCGACCAUUUUGUCCCUCAUACA